UAGAUCUAAUCUAAAUAUAAUAAAACAAUAGAUUCUAGAUCCAGAUUGUUAAAAUGGCAGGAGCAAUAGUCGGUGGUAAUGUGGAAUUGAUUUUUGAGGAUCUCGUUUAUGGUUCUGCAUUAGAUGGCGAAUCAGUUGCUUUGAAAUGGUUGGAGGCUAAUAACAAAACUUUAGGACAUUUUAUUAAUGGUCAGUGGGUACAUCCUGAGGUCAGACAGACAGUAGAAUCUAGAAAACCUACUGGUGAGAUACUGGCUGUUACUCUAGAAGCCACAAGCAGUGAUAUUUAUGAAGCUGUAAGUUCUAGUUCACAAGCUUUCAGUACAUGGAGUUCUCUCUCACCAGAUGUCAGAUCCCGUUACCUUUACAGCAUCGCCAGAAACCUCCAGAAGCACCAGUCCUUAAUAGCUGUUGUAGAAGCAAUUGAUGCUGGGAAGCCAACAAGGGAGACAAAGAAUGUUGAUAUCCCAGCCAUUAUAAGACAGUUUUAUCACUUUGCUGGCUGGGCUCAACUCAGAGAUAAAGAAAUGAUAGGAUGGAAGCCAUAUGGAGUUGUGGCUGUCCUCCCUGAUGGAACAUUCCCUCUGAUGCAGCUUGCCAGUCGAGCUGCUCCAGCUCUGGCCAUGGGAAACACUGUUGUCGUGAUGCCAUCCACCAAGACACGCCUGAGUGCCCUGCUGUUUGCCCAGGUCUGUGCCCAGGCUGGGCUGCCAAAAGGUGUGCUCAAUGUUGUGACUGGCUCCUCCAUUGAUGCUCUCAUCACCAAUCCUGAGGUUAAAAAAGUUGCCUUCUCAGGUUCUGUCAGUUCAGGUAAAAAAGUGAGAACUUUGACUGCAGGUUUGGGUAAAAGUCUGUCUCUAGAGCUUUCAGGCUGGUCCCCUAUCUUAGUGUUUGAAGAUGCUGAUUUAGACAGUGCUGUAGAAGGGAUCACAGAGGCAGCUUUCUUUAACAAUGGCCAGUCCAACCAUGCAGGGUCAAGACUACUAAUCCAGGAGCCUGUGUACAACUCUCUGAUAAAAAAGCUGGAGCUUAAGAUCUCUAAGUUAACAGUGGGAGAUAACCUAGAGAAAAACAAUGACCAGGGUCCACUCACUGACCCACAGGUUGUCUCUCAGUUGGAAGCUCUGGUCCAAAGUGCCCAGUCAGAAGGAGGAAAGGUGUACAGACCAGAUGCCUCAGCACCCAAUAACCAGAACUACUUCCCUCCAACUCUAAUCACAGGGAUCCAGACAUCAUCUCAGGCAUAUCUAGAAGAGGUGAGUGGACCUCUCCUAGUUGCUGUACCAUUUCGUACAGUGAAGGAAGGACUAGUCCUGGCUAACCACUCCGUGUACGGUACCUCUGCUAGCCUGUGGACAGAGAACAUUAGCGUGGCCUUAGAGGCAGCCAGUCAGCUGCAGGUUGCGACAGUUUGGGUCAACACACAGAAUAUUUUUGACGCAGCCUCUGGUGUUGGUGGUAACAAGAGCAGUGGGUUUGGUAGGAGUGGAGGGAAAGAGUGCCUCUACGAGUAUGUGCAGCCAUCGUGGCUGAAUGUACCCAGUGGGGCAAAUAUUACUGUAGACAUGAAGAAAUUUGGAGCUACUGUUAAAGCUGAUCCAUUACCUGGUACUCAAGUCAGUGGUUCUCAAGACAAUCAGCCCAGCAUUGACAAAACCUACAAGUUGUUUUAUGGUGGGGGACAGAAGCGGCCAGACUCUGGUGCUAGUAUCCCUGCACUCAGCCACAAGGGUGAGGUGUUGGGCUAUGUCCCUGAUGGGGGUCGCAAGGACAUCAGGAAUGCUGUGGAAGUGGCGGUCAAGGCAGCUUCCAGUUGGGGCAGAAAGGAGGGUCAUGGGAAGGCACAGAUCAUGUACUACAUAGCUGAGAACUUGCAGUCUCGUCAGAGAGAGUUGGUCCAACUUCUGGUUGCCUCAACAGGUCAGGCUGAAAGUGAGGCUGUCCAGGAAGUUGAAACAGCCAUACAGAGGCUCUUCUAUUGGGCUGCAUAUUGUGAUAAAUAUGGAGGGUCUUUACAGGAAACUCCCUUCUAUGGAUAUACAGUGUUACAACAUGAACCAGUUGGAGUUGUUGGAAUUGUGUGCCCUGAAAAGUUUCCUUUCCUAGGAUUUAUCUCCCUUAUUGCCCCUGCCAUAGCCCGUGGAAAUGCUGUGAUUGCUGUACCCAGUGAGAAAUACCCUCUUGCUGCUCUUAGCUUCCAUCAGAUCCUUGAAACCUCAGAUGUACCAGGUGGAGUUGUAAACAUAAUGACAGGUGACAAAAAUGUCCUGACAAAAUCUUUGGCUGAGCAUCAUGAUGUCAACGCCUUGUGGUACUUUGGAUCAGCUGAAGGGUCCAAGUUUGUUGAGGCAGCAUCGGCAGGGAACUUAAAGCGCACCUGGGUCAGUUAUGAUGUGGAGAGGGACUUCCUCAGCCCUGAGCAGGGGCAAGGCGAGGAUCUACUCUACCACUCCACUAGCUGUAAAAAUAUUUGGCUGCCUAUGGGGGAUAUUUUUGCUAAUUAAAUCAGUUCAUUGUGCUAAACAUCUUUUGCAGCAAAUUAUUGUCAUUAUAGGAUCUACUCUACCACUCCACUAGCUGUAAAAAUAUUUGGCUGCCUAUCGGGGAUAUUUUUGCCAAUUAAAUCAGGUCAUUGUGCUAAACAUCUUUUGCAGCAAGUAAUUGUGAUUUGUUUAUGAAAUGAUUUUGAUGAAAGACCUCUUUUUUUAAAACCCUGGUGGGGUGUUAUAUUGUGUUCAGCCACUGCAGAAAAAAAAAUACUUAAGCUAUUCAGGAAUAACAGGUUUUUAUAUUGAAACUGUGCCUUAAUGCUGUUAUGAUAAAUUAAGUUUAAUCUAUUUGUAGUAUACAGUUUUAAAAUAUUGAUUUAUUGUAGCAAAUAUCUUAAUCUUUGUGUUAUCAAGCUUUUCUCUGUUUUAAUACAAUCAUACUGAAAAAUUGUCACUUUUGAUAUUGUUGUGCAAGAACAAAUAGUAAAACUUGUUAAAAUAAAUUUUGAAAAGACACUUUAUUAAGUUAUCAGAAUUGUAUGUGAUAAAUUGGGAUGCUUACAGUUCAUCUAAGCUAAACCGUUUAAAACUUUUGAGCUAAUCAAUUCAAAACUUGUGAGCUUAAUAGUUUAAAACGUGUGCGAUAAACAGUUUAAAACUUGUGAGCUAAACAGCCUUGAAAAUUGUUAACUGAUCAAAGCCGGCUCAUAGAAUGUUAAAAAAAUAUUUUAAAUUUUAUAGUUGUUUUAUUUUAGAUUUAUUUACUAGAAUCUCAUUGAAUUAGAAAAUACUGCUGAAUUCAUAGAUGUACUACUUUUGUUUAUUUCUACAGCAUACACCAAAAAUAAUUUCCUUUGAUGUUAGCCUUUAUUUGUUUUAAAUGUUUGAUCCUACAUUAAAUGUAUGAACAACUUCACGUGGUCAUGUAACAUGCCUUAAUUAUCUACAAUCUUGUAUUUUGCCUUUGUUUGCUAGUCAUAGUCAUUUUAAUUCCACUUAAUAUAGUUUACAUUUUAAAAUUGUAUUCUUGUGAUAACUGCCAUAUUACAAACUUAAAUUUUUUUUUUUUUUUUUUGUCUUUUAAGUUCUUUAUUUAAACUUUGUUCCUUAGUGCUUUUCUUAUGUUUAAAAUAAUUAAACAUAUCUUUAUCAUGUUUAAAUGUAAUGUAAUUUGUUAUACAAAUUAUAAAUAUGUUGCUUACUUUUUUUUAAUCAAGAAAAGCAUAAAAGUUACAUAUCUAUAAUAACCAUUUCCAUUCUAUGUUUUUAAUUCUUAUGGAGAAGUGCAUCAGUAUCCUGGCUAGAAAUUAUUCAAUCACUGUAAUCUGUUGCGUUGUUUUAUAAGCUAAGUUCAAUAUCACUAUACUAUAUCACACGUAUUGCUGGUUUGUUGUGGUGGUUUAAAAAAAUGUUUUUAGUCACCACAUAUGUAGUUGAUCUGUUGAAAAACUCAGAAACUAUCUGCUGAUGAUAAAAAAUAUAAUCCUAAUGUUAAAGAAUUGCAAAUUAUUUAUUUUUUUAUCCAACGAAUAUUAUUUACUGUACAAUAUUUUUUGGAUUAUAUCCAACUCUGAACUACUUUAAUUUUACAAAAAAAAAGUUAACUAUUGCAUAAAGUAUGUUUCUUAGUUUUAUGUUCUGUCAUCGAUUAACCUCAUUAUCUUUAUCUAUUUUAUUAAAUUGAUUAAUUUACAGGAGUGUUGCUAUUAAUGUUAUUUCAGUAUUAGUUUUUUAGCAGAAUGGCCCAAUAUUCUAAAGCUUUAA